UCCUGGAGCCCCUUCAGGCCCCAAAAGGGGCUCUGAGCUCUCCCUGGAUCCUUCUCCUGUCCAGGUGAGCACCCCCAGCUCUCCCAGCCUGGCCCCAGAGCAGAGGGGCUCCAGCCCUCGGAGCACUUCCAGGGCCUGUCAGCUCCUGCAGAAGUGACCUCAGACUCCACCAGCCCUSGCUGUGGUGUCCCUGUCCUGCUCCAUCCUUUUUCUGAUGAUCCCGAGCUCCAGCCUGCAGAUACUCAGAAACCCAGGGAAGAGUCUGGGUUUCAAAGGAACUUUUAUCAGGGCAUUUUCCCUGGCCAAGAAAAGGAGAUCCCUUGGCUGGGGGGCAGUUUUCAGGGUGCAUGAGAAGGCAAUUGCAUCAGGUGGCAAUUCCAGCUGUUCCAGUAUUGCCAUCUUAAGGAGGGAAAAGUCCUUAAAAUAGGUGUGAGAGACUUUGUAAGGGARGUACUGAGUGUUCAGAGUCCUCUGCACACCGUGAUUCCCGUUCCCAGGAURAAGCCCUUUUCCAGGGCAGCCUGAGCUGCAGGGUGUGAAGGAGGGGAAGCUUUUCCAGCCGGGAGAGGGAAUUCUUGCCAUACAUUCAUUCAUUUCAGCUCGUUAUCUGCUCCUCUCCCCCUCCUGCUGCUCUGGCCCUUCUCCCCUGCCGGUGUCUCGCUGCUGAUGGGGUCGUACGUGCCAGACCCCAUGAGGAUCCCAUUCCAGCCCUCCAUCCUCCUUCUGAAAACAUCCCGAGUCAAGGCCGUGCAUCCCGACGAGCGAGCGCAACAGCUUCGAUUUUUGCACGUUUCCAAAACGAGCCGCGGACCCAAAAAUAGAACAAAAAAAAAGUUUCUUUGCCACCUCCCUCGCUCCUCGGCAGCGCGACAGCCCCGGGGCUGCUCAGGGGAGGUUGUUGUGCCUCGGCCACUCAAGGCCACCCGUGGUUAAAAGGGAGACGCCGUCCUCCCUCCUGCUGCGGAGGGCUGGGGAUGCUGAGCUGCUGGCGGGGAAGAGCUGAGGUGGCACCAUGAGCGCUGCUCUCAGGGGGUUCUGGCUGUUCCUGCUGCUGCUUCCCUCUGCAGCGCUGCCCAGGAGCGGGGAGAGGCGCUCCCCGAGCCGCCAGCCCGAGCUCAGCCUGCUGGAGGGGAGAAGGGUGGGCAAUGCGAGUUUACAGGAGAGCCGCAGGGCCAGGAGGGCGGCYGGCACCCGCCGCUGGGGCGAGCCCGAGCCGGGAGCAGUGUGCCCGCAGGGAAUGGCUGGGGAGGGGGGCCCGCGCUGGGACCUGCAGCCCUGGCCCCUCGGGGGGCUGGAGGGGCCCGUGUGCCGGGUGAGGAUGGAGCAGGACGGGGCCACCSCCAGGCACCUGGAUGUGGUGGGGGUGCUCAGCCACUACGAGAGCGGCUUCAUCAAACUGCUCAGACGGCGCCGCAGCUGGGACGGGAGCUUGGCCGGGACCUUCGGGCUGUGCGGGCCCGGGGAGGCGGGGGCUGCUGCCCAUCCCCUGCGGAGGAUCCACGAGCAUGUGCUGGAGCCGGGGCCGGAGAGAUUCCUCGUCCUGCACCUGGAGGAAGUGCAGUGGGAAGCGCAGGYGAAGCUGCAGUUCCAGCUGGUUUUCCAGGCGGACGUGGGCCGGGCGCUGGGAGAGCUGCAGGCGGCCGUGAUGCUCUUCUACCUGGGCCGYCGGGAGGGCCGGGGCUCGGGGCGCCCGCAGGAGCUGCUGGUCACCGGCCCGGGGCUGCCGCGGGACCAGAGGCUCUGCCUCUCCAGGGACACGCAGUACCUGGUCCUGGCAGCCGCCGCAGCCUCRGUCACCCGCAGCGCGGAGCAGCUCCGCUUCUCGGCUUCCCUGGCCAUCCACGGCGGCGCGGGAGGUGCCCCCCUGCCCCGCAGCGAGGUGCAGCAGCUCCUUUUCGGCUCCGAUGACAAAUGUUUCACCCGCAUGACCCCGGUGCUGCUGCUGCUGGCCAAGUCACGGCGRCAGGAGCAGGAAGAGGAGGCUUUGKCCYCGUCCUCCUACCUCUCUGCUGAGGGGGUGCUGGACACGGCUCCGUACCCGCAGCUCAGGUCCGUAGCUGCGGGCACGGGAAAACACCGGGGCCGGGAGAGGAGGUGGGACGGGGGCAGCCCCAGCCUUGAGACCGUGGAUGGCUGUGGGGCACGGUCUGGUGGGACCCCCGGGGUACACAGGGACCCCCGUGACCCCUCCCUGCGCUCUCCUUGCAGCCCACCCCGGGAUGGCACCGAGGAGCUGCCGAUCCCCUUCACCCUGACCCCAGGCAACAGCUCWUCCCCAGCGCCCGGCGGCAGCGCCGAGUUCCUGGCGAGCCUGACCCACUUCAUCCGGCAGCUGCUGAGCCCGUCCAGCGAGCCGCCCCCCCAGCCCAGUGCCCACCACUGGCUGGACUUCCAGCUGAUGGAGACCCUCCCUCACCAGCUGCUCAACCUGUCGGAGGAGGCGGCGCUGGAGCGGCUGGUGCAGUCGGAGGAGCCCUCGGUGCUGCUGCUCCCCCAGGACAGCGGGGCCGUGCUGGAGCAGCACCUGGGGGACUGGCAGCCGGAGGGCACCGUGCUGCAGCUGCUGCUGGGCAAACUGCAGCUGCUCAUCCACGAGCUCAGGGACAUCCCGGCUUUCCAGGCCAACGCGGCGCUUUUCCAGCACCUCCUGACCUUCUGCUACUACCCGGCCGAGCCGGGGCGGGCCGAGGCGGCCGAGGAGGUGCCGGGRUCGCGGAAGCUGCGCACGCUGCUGCUGCUGAAGGCGCUGCAGUCGGUGCGGGCGCGCUGGCAGGAGCGCAGGAAGGUGCAGCGGCAGAACCGCAGCGCCCGGCACCAGGCGCACUGCCGGCUGCAGGARCUCACCAUCGACCUGCGCGACCGCCACUUCAUCGUCAUGCCCACCGUGUACUCGGCCAACAACUGCGAGGGGCCGUGCCGGCUGCCGCUGUCCACGCGUGUCCCCGGCUACUUCUCGCACACGGUGCUGCUGCUGGGCAUGCAGGAGCGGGGCUCGGCGCUGCGCAGGGCUCCGUGCUGCGUGCCCGUGCGCUACUCGGACCAGCUCAUCAUCAGCCUCAAAGCGGACAGGCUGGAGAUCCGCAUGUUCCCCAACAUGGUGGCAGAGGAGUGCGGCUGCCGGUGAGGCUCCCGCUCGCCCCGGCCCGGCCCCUGUCCCGGGAGCCGGUGCUUCUCGCCGAGACGGGAGCU